AUGCGGGGAAACCCCAAUGGAUUUCUAGUCCAUCGCCUUAACCUCUCGGCCACGACGACAUAUCUACGCCACUUUUUCUUUAUUUCUUUAGCGUUACUCUGCAAGCAGCCAUCCAUCGCCUUAUAUUCUUCAUUUUUCCUUCCACCAUUUCCAUUCUUUCUUGUUCCUUAUUUUUAUUUUCUUCAUUUUAUUCUUCUUUUUCCUUCCCCCAUUUCCAAUUUUCCUUGUCCUUCUUCAUGUCAUUUUAUUCUUUCUUUUCCUUCCCCCAUUUUCAUGUCAUUUUAUUCUUCCCUGUUAUUUUCCUUCCUCCCCAUUUGCAUUGUUUCUUGUUCCCUUUCUGAUUUACUUUCUUUUCAUGUCCAUGUAUUCUUCUUUUUUCCUUCCGCCAUUUCCAUUCUUUCCUUGUUCCUUCUUCAGAUUUACUUUCCUGUCAUUUAUUCUUUCUUUUUUCCUUCCCCAUUUUCAUUCUUUUCUUGUUUCUUCUUCAUAUUUACUUUUUCCUGUCAUUUUAUUCUUCUUUUUUCCUUCCAUUUGCAUUGUUUCUGUUCCUUCUUCAGAUUUACUUUUUCAUGUCCAUGUAUUUUCUUUCCUUUUCCUUUCCUCCAUUUAUUCUUUCUUUGUUCCUUAUUCACAUUUACUUUUCCUGUCAUUUUUAUUCUUCCUUUUUCUUCCUCCAUUUUCAUUCUUUCUGUUCCUUUCUCAGAUAUUUACUUUUUUCCAUGUUUCCAUGUAUUCUUCUUUUUUUCUUUCCUCCACCUUUCCAUUUUAUUCUCCUUUUUCCUUCCCCAUUUCUUCUUUUCUUUUGUUUUUCAUAUUUACUUUUUCCUGUCAUUUAUUCUUCUUUUUUCAUUCCUCCAUUUGCAUUGUUUCUUGUUCCUUUCUCAAGUUUACUUUUCAUGUCCAUGUAUUCCUUCUUUCCUUCCCCCAUUUCCAUUGUUUCUUUUCUUUCUUUCUUUCAGAUUUACUUUUCCAUGUCCAUUUAUUGUUUUUUUUCCUUCCCAUUUUCAUUCUUUCCUUUGUUCCUUUCUCAGAUUUAUUUUUUCUGUCCAUUUUAUUCUUUCUUUCCUUCCCCAUUUCCAUUAUUUUUUUUUUUUUGUUUCUUCUUUAGAUUUACUUUCCUGUCAUUUUAUUGUUCUUUUUUCCUUCCCCCAUUUCCAUUCUUUUCUUUGUUUCUUCUUCAUAUUUACUUUUCCUGUCAUUUUAUUCUUCUUUUUUUCUUUCCCCAUUUCAUUCUUUUUUUUUGUUUCUUCUUCAGAUUUACAUUUCCUGUCAUUUAUUCUUCCCUUUUCCUUUCUCCAUUUCCAUUCUUUUCCUUUGUCCUUCUUCAGAUUUACAUUUCCUGUCAUUUUAUUCUUCCUUUUCCUUCCUCCAUUUGCAUUGUUUCUUGUUCCUUUCUCAGAUUUACUUUUCAUGUCCAUGUAUUCUUCUUUUCCUUCCUCCAUUUCCAUUCUUUCCUUGUUCCUUCCUUUCUCUGUCAUUUAUUCUCCUUUUUCCUUUCCUCAUUUCCAUUCUUUUCUUCUUUCCUUCUUCAUUUACAUUACUGUUAUUUUAUUUCUUUCUUUUUCCUUUUUUUCCAUUUGGUAUUGUUUUCUGUUCUUUUCUCAGAUUUUACUUUUUCAUGUCCAUGUAUUCUUCUUUUUCCUUUCCCCCCCAUUUCCAUUCUUUUUCUUUUUUUCUUUCUUCUUCAGAUUUACUUUCUUCCUGUCAUUUUAUUGUCUCUUUUUUUCCUUCCCCAUUUUCAUUCUUUUCCUUGUUCCUUCUUUUCCAGAUUUAUAUUUCAUGUCAUUUAUUCUUCUUUUUCCCAUUCCAUUUGCAUUGCUUCUUUUUCCCCCUUCCCCCCCCCUUUCCAUUUUUUUUUUUUUUUUUCCCCCCCCUUCCCCCCCCUUUUUUUUUUUUUUUCCUUCCCCCCUCAUCCUUUUUUUUUUUUCCCUUUCCUUUUCCGAUUUUUCUUUUUCUUUUUUCCUUUUUUUUUUUUUUCCCCUUUCCCCCCCUUUUUUUCCCCUUUUUUUUCCCCCCCCAUCCAUGUUUUUUUUUUUUUUCCCUUCCCCCUUUUCCAUUUUUUUUUUUUCCUUUCCCCCACCCAUGAUUUUUUUUUUCCCCCUUCCCCCUCCAUGA